AUGGUUGUCCACUUAAGAGCUCUGAAUUUCAGCAGCACCGAAAGCUCUGCUUCCGACCUAAGCACCAAUGUCAGUGUUCGGGACACCUUGGUUCCCCAGGACACCCUCGACCUGAGCAGGCAAGGCCACACGGUGGUGGCAGUAUGCCUUGGGCUCAUUUUGGUCCUGGGAUUCUUCAACAACCUUCUUGUCCUGCUUAUCUUCGCAAGGUUUCGGUCGCUUUGGACGCCCAUAAACCUCAUCCUUCUGAACAUCAACGUGAGCGACAUCCUCGUGUGUAUUUGUGGAACUCCAUUCAGUUUUGCGGCAGGUCUACAGGGGAGAUGGCUCAUUGGACACCAUGGUUGCAAGUGGUAUGGCUUCGCCAAUUCGCCUUUCGGUGCUCUCUCUCUCUCUCGGAUCAUGUCUCUGUCCUAUGAGCGCUACGCCACGGUGCAGCGCUCCACCCAGGCUGAUGUGUCUGACUUCAGAAAGGCCUGGCUGUGUGUGUGGGGCUCCUGGCUCUAUUCCCUGCUAUGGACCCUGCCCCCCUUCAUGGGCUGGAGCAGCUAUGGCCCGGAGGGGGCCGGGACCUCCUGCUCUGUCCAGUGGACCCAGCGCUCUCCGGCCAGUGUCUCCUACGUGGUCUGCCUGUUCAUCUUCUGCCUGCUGUUGCCCCUCAUGAUCAUGGUCUACUCCUACGGCGGGAUACUGGUUUCCAUCAGGGGGGUGGCUAAAAUCAACCUGCUGCCGGCCCAGAGGCGAGAGCAGCACAUCCUGCUCAUGGUGCUGUCCAUGGUGUCCUGCUACCUGCUGUGCUGGAUGCCCUACGGCGUCAUGGCCCUGACGGCCACCUUCGGCCAGUCAGGCCUAGUCACCCCCGUGGCCAAGAGCAGCACCGUAAUCAACCCUGUCAUCUAUGUGCUGUUCAACAACCAGCCCUCUCUUUGCUCCCCACACACCGAGAGCUACAGGAGCCCCAGCAAUGCCCCCCUGUGUGGCCUGCGGAGCGAACGGCGCACCAUGUCUCUGGUGGUCCACUACACCCCUUGA